AUGACUAAGAUCAAGAAUGUUGCAAUCCUUGGUGCUUCCGGCACCCUCGGCCAAGUCCUCGUACCAGCACUCGUGCGAGCUGGGUUCGCGGUAACCGUCGUUGUGCGUCCAGAAAACAAGACAAACGUCUACUCCGGCGUAACUGUGAAGACGGCGAGCUAUAGCGACACAAAGGCUCUAGCAUUCGCAUUCGAGGACCAGCAUGCUGUGGUUGAAGCCUUCAACCCUGCCGCUGCUAGCCACCAAAGUGCUAUCGUUGAGGCAGCUUUGGCAGCGGGUGUAUUACAUUUGAUCACCCCCGAGUUUGGAUCCGACUCCUUCAAUCCUCAUGUCGACGAGCUUCUUAUUUACGAACCAAAACGCGAAGCCCAGCGACAGCUUGCAGAUACUCUAGCCAAGUCUGAUGCUACACUGUCUUGGACAGCAAUACACAUUGGAGCUUGGUACGACUGGGCGAUUGAGGUGGGGAGAUUCUGGGUUGACAAGAAGACCAGAACAAUCACUCGCUUUGGAUCUGGCAAUCAAAAGUAUAGCAUGAGCCGACUCGCAAUGACAGGCGAUGCGGUAGUGGCUGUGCUCAAGCAACCAGAGCUCUUCCGCAACAAGCCUGUGUUUUUCGCCAGCCAUACUGUGUCAACCAACCAACUGAUUGAUAUCAUCAAGGAGGAGCUUGCAGACCAAGACUGGAAAGUAGUUGAUGUGGCCCUUGAUGGGUUCGCCGAGAAAGCUCGUGAGCUUUGGGAUCAGGAUACAAAGAAUGGGGUGCAAGACAGGCUCAAUAGUCGAGCCUACGCCAUGCUUGGCACUGCUGCCAUCUUUGAUGAGAACAAUAAGUACGGUGCUGAUUUUGGGACGAAGGUAGAGCCGGGAUGGGAUGAAGGCGAGGCUACUUUGCGGCGUCAGCUGAAGGACCUCCUAUCCUAG